AGCGCGGCGGUUGAAAUUCAAAAGUGGCGGGUGUGGUGGGUGGCUGGGCUCCCGGGCCCGCCGGCGCUCGGUCUGUGGGGCGCGAGGGAGGACGCAGGGCUCGGGGCGCCGCCGCUCCGCCCGCUUCCUUUGCAUCCCGUCCCGGGCGGACCGCGAUGGACGCGCAGGCGCAGAGGCCCCCUUUGUUGGAAGUGAAGAGAAACUUGGAGCUGAAGACAACCCUGGUCAAGGCCUCCUCCCGACUGCCCCUUCCAGGAAGCAAGCUCAAGAGGGGUGCUGACCAGAUGGAGGAUGCCUUGGAGCCUGCAAAGAAACGGAUACGAGGCCUGGGUACAGUGACCAGAGUUGACACAGGCUGCCCCCGAGCACCACGCCUCAGCACAGUGUCACAGACACAGGCCCACACUGCAGCUCCGAAAGGCCCUAAGAAGACAGGACCUCGAGGUUGCUCUACAGUCGCUACAGUGCUGAGGAACCAGAAGCCAGCUCCCACUGUUCCUGCUCCAGAGCCUGCCUCAUCAGCUGCUCCUAUGGUGAUAAAGAAACGUGCCAAACGCCCUGCCUGGGAUUUAAAAGGUCAGUUGUGUGACCUCAAUGAAGACCUGAAACGUUAUCGGGAGAAGACUCAGACACUGGACCAGGAGAACCAGGGCCUUCGGGAGCAACUCAGAGAGGCCCAGGAGCAGGCCGCAGGCCUGGGGGCAGAGCGGAACACCCUGGAAGGGGAGCUGGCCAGUGUGCGCACCCAGGCCGAGCAGGGCCAGCAGAAGCUGGAGACUCUGAGUGCCCGCGUCUUGGAGCUGGAGGAGCAGCUGAGUACCACAGGAAGGCUGAUUGAGGAGCUCCAGAAAGAACGGCUGGAGCUGCAGGAGGAGCGGAGGGCACUGAGCGCCCGCCUGGAGGAGCAAGAGAGGAGGUUACAGGCCUCGGAAGCAGAUCUGUCGAGCAGCCAGGCAGAGCUGCUCUGCCUGCGGGAGAAGACUGCAGCCCAGGUGACGUUACUGGCUGAGCAAGGAGACCGGGUCCACGGGCUGGAGAUGGAGCGCCGUCGGCUGCACAACCAGCUGCAGGAACUGAAGGGCAACAUCCGGGUAUUCUGCCGGGUGCGCCCUGUCCUCGCAGGGGAACCCACUCCAUCCCCCGGCUUCCUCCUGUUUCCCCCUGGCCCUGCUGGACCCUCUGAUCCCCCAACCCGCCUUAGCCUCUCACGGUCGGAUGAUCGGCGAUCGACCCUGACUGGGGCACCAGCCCCCACUACCCGCCAUGAUUUCUCCUUUGAUCGGGUAUUCCCACCAGGAAGCAAACAGGAAGAAGUGUUUGAGGAGAUCUCCAUGCUUGUCCAGUCAGCACUGGAUGGCUACCCUGUGUGCAUCUUUGCCUAUGGACAGACAGGCAGUGGCAAGACCUUCACUAUGGAGGGUGGGGCUGGGGGAGACCCCCAGUUGGAGGGGCUGAUCCCUCGGGCCCUGCGGCAUCUGUUCUCUGUGGCCCAGGAGAUGAGUGGCCAGGGCUGGACAUACAGUUUUGUGGCGAGUUACGUGGAGAUCUACAAUGAGACUGUCCGAGACCUGCUAGCCACUGGGACCCGGAAGGGACAAGGGGGCGAGUGCGAGAUUCGUCGGGCAGGCCCGGGAAGUGAGGAGCUUACCGUCACCAAUGCACGCUAUGUCCCUGUUUCCUGUGAGAAGGAGGUGGAGACUCUGCUCCAUUUGGCACACCAGAACCGGGCUGUGGCCCGCACUGCCCAGAACGAGAGAUCAUCGCGCAGCCACAGUGUGUUCCAGCUGCAGAUUUCCGGAGAGCACGCUGCUCGCGGCCUGCAGUGUGGCGCUCCUCUCAACCUGGUGGACCUGGCUGGGAGCGAGCGCCUGGACCCUGGCCUCACCCUGGGCCCCGGGGAGCGGGACCGUCUUCGGGAGACACAGGCCAUUAACAGCAGUCUGUCGACGCUGGGGCUGGUCAUAAUGGCUCUGAGCAAUAAGGAGUCCCACGUGCCUUACCGGAACAGCAAGCUUACCUACCUGCUGCAGAACUCUCUGGGUGGCAGUGCCAAGAUGCUCAUGUUUGUGAACAUUUCCCCUCUGGAAGAGAAUGUCUCUGAGUCCCUGAAUUCACUGCGCUUUGCUUCCAAGGUGAACCAGUGUGUUAUCGGCACCGCUCAGGCUAAUAAGAAGUGAAGAUCCCUGUGCAAAUGAGCGUGCUUCAUCUCUGUUAUCGGCACUGCUCAGGCUAAUAAGAAGUGAAGAUGGAGUCAGGGCCUGAUCCUGUG